GGGUCGAGUCGAGGCCCGGAAAGCAAACCUACCCGAGAACAUCAGGAUCCAGCGAGAGUUCCAAUUUUCCUUCUCAAUGUUUUCUCUGCUGUGUAAGCUUAACUUCAAUGUCAUCUCGAAGGCCAAAAGCUCUACUAUGGCAAUCCAAAACCUCCACAACAAAUACAGCGCACCCAUCUUCACAAAGUUCACAUCUUUUACGUUCUUGCGGAAGUUUUAGUGAUAGAGGGUUCUUGGUGAAUCUGCGGUUGCUUAAGCCUAGUUUUCAUGGAGGCUGUCAGUCAUUGUCGACCCUGUCGUCUGAUAUAUCUCUUUCAUCCAUGCUGUUAGAAAGCUUGAGUUCUAACGAGGAUUCGAGAAUGGGCAAUCCUGGUAGUGAUAGGAUCAGAUGGAAUGCCACUCCGAAGCAAGUUUCGGAAAUCAUUGACAUGAUUAGAAGGGGUGAGAAUGAUUUGGAGUCCAAGUUGGAUUCAAUAAAUGUAAGUUUCUCUGUUGCCUCUGUUUUUCAGAUUUUUGGGGUGUUGAAUUGUGAAAAAGUUUCUGCUUUGCGUUUUUUCGACUGGAUUAGAGGCUCACAACCCAAUAUAUGUAGUAAUUAUGACGUUUGUAGUUUGGUUAUUGAUAAUUGUGGGAGAUUGAAUGAUUUUGAAGCAAUGCUUUCUAUUAUGAAUGGCUUUGCACAAAGGGGUAUUCGUCUGACCCAAAAGGCAUUUGGGUUCUUAACGGUUUUGAUUCUGGACAAGCCUUUGGUUAUGGAUUCUGUAAGAAAAGUGGUAAGAGUAUUGAAUGAAGUUGGUGGGUCUUGUGGAAAUUCUGGAGUUCAAUCCUUGAUUGAGAUGUUUAGCAUUUUGGGAUCAUUUGAAAUGGCCAAGUUUGUGAUACAGAUGACGGAGAGGAAAGUGUCUUAUUACUAUAUGAUCAUUAGGGAAAAGUGCCGCAGAUGUGAUUUCGUAGGAGCAAUGGCUAUAAUCGAUGAGAUGAGGCAAUUAGGUUGUGAACCAACAGUCAACAUUUACAAUUAUAUACUUAGUACCUUAUUUAAGAAUAAUGGAAGUGCUGAAGCUAGUAAAUUACUUAAAGAAAUGGAAGAAAAGAAUUGUCCUCCAGAUGAAUUGACCUUUGAGAUACUUAUUUGCCACUCAUGUAAACUUGGUGAGUUUGUGUAUGCAAAAGAGCUUCUUGAUGGAAUGGUGUCAAGGGGCCUUGAACCUCGAGUUUCAACACAUGUUGCCCUUGUCAAGGCUUAUUUUGACAUGCAGAGAUAUGAGGAGGCAUAUAACUAUGUAGUUGAUACAAGUUUGAAACAUAGGUACUCAAGCAAUAUGAUUUACAGUGUGCUCAUAAGCCUUCAUCAGAAGAAAGGAAAUGUAGUGACCGCUCUAAGUGUUCUCUCUGACAUGACUAAGAAGGGUCUUAGACCAAAUUUUUCAGUGUAUAGGAGACUUGAAAAUGUUUCCAGAUGUCAGGCAGGAAUUUAGUCAGAGACUUGGAGAAUGUGUUCUCUAGUUUGAGUUUACAAUCAACCAUAAAAAUUGGAAGAUUCUAUUUGGUGAACAUGUACUGUCCUUUUCUUACGCAUUUUUUUGUCCCCUUUGUUUUCCAAUGUCCUGUUGUGUACACUGGCAGCUAAAGAGAUGAGAAUCAUUUUCCUCAAGACUCUCAAUAGAAGAAAAGAAUAACAAGAUCAUUUUGCACACAGA